AGUUUGGGCUCAAGCUACGGCCACCGCCGCCCCAGCAGAGCGCCAAUGACGCACGGCUGAAGUCGGCUCGAUCGUGGGCGUGAUUAGACCGAAGCAUGCGCGGCCCAGGGAUGGCCAAGGCCGAUUCCUCCAGGAAUGGUGUAACAGAUGUGUGCAGACUUCUCGAUGCACAGGAGCCCUCUGGGAGCGACACCGCAAUGACCUUUGCCUCGAAUUGUUCAUUGAACAGCUACCCUACGGCUCUGAACAAUUCAGCAGGUGAGGGUGUUCAGAUUAUAUGUGUGGGUUUAAUGCGGACAGGCCUUCGGUCUCUCCGCAAGGCAUUGGAAACACUUGGCUAUAACCAGAUGUAUGACGCUGAGCAGAUCGUGUCCACGUUCGAGCUUUGGGACAACAUCAUGAAGAACGACAGCAUGGACGUGCACACGUUCCCCAAUAUUUUCCAAGGUGCCAAGGUUGCCAUGGGCAUGCCAGUGUUUGUGUUCUGGGAAAAGAUUUUGGAAUUCUACCCACACGCGAAGGUCAUCUUAACCAUUCGGGACGAGGACGAGUGGGUCAAGUCCGUACUUAACGCGAAGGCGAUGAUGGAUAAUAACAUGCCCGGCGCGCCAUUGGCAUUACGAGGGCUUCUUGGCACAUGGGAGGGCUUCUUGGCACCAUCUUAUCACAAGUACUGCGAAGUGCUGCGUUUUGCGUGGAGCGUCACAUUAGGUGGCUUGCCCAUGAGGGGCGGGGCGCUCAACGAGAUGAUCGUCCGUGGCAGCUUCCGCAAACACAAUACCUAUGUGCGGAGCAUGCUCGAAGGCAAGACCACUUCCAACGGAGAGCAGCAACUCCUCGUCUACAAUGUGCGCGAUGGCUGGGCUCCGCUUUGUGAUUUUCUGGGGGUGCAGAUCCCUAGCGAGGAGAUCCCUGCAGUCCUCCAGGUCCCGUACUUCCCGGGGCAGGGCGACGCGGUAGACAGACAGGAGGUCGACAUGGUCGAGGCGGACCUCCUCGUGCCCGACAGCGUCUUCGGGCUGCGCAUGCGCCAGGAACUGCGACGAGGAUUAGCCGUGACAGUUUUGGUGGUUGCGUUGGUGCUGGCAGUGCCGGCCAUGCUGGCCGUGCGUUGGCAGGCCUUGCAGGGGCUGUUGGCGCUGUUCUUGGUCGUGGUCUUGGCGAUCGCAUGGGAGGUGUACGUGGUCAUGCACACCGUCGUGAUGAGGGUCGACGCUCUAGUGGUGUUGCCGCUCAUGAUGAAGAGCUUACUCAUAGCAACGUGCCUGCAGGCGUGCUUCAUCACCUACGGUUUCCUGAAGGAACAGAUGGUCACACAAGACCGCAUCGCAUCCCCCCUUCUAAUAUUGUCAGCCCGCCUUAUGUCAGUAUUCUGCGGCAUGAUCGCCUUGGUUGCUACCGAGGGCAGGAUACACUUUGGCGGUGUACCAUUAAAGUCAUUCGUGUAUUUCAGUGUCACAAACGAGGGCUCCACGUGGGCCGGGUACGAGAUGUUGAAGUACGUAUCCUUCCCUGUGCACGUCAUGGCCAAAUCUUGCACUCUGCUGCCCAACAUGCUGAUGGGGAAGAUGCUAAAUGGCACUUCCUACCAGUGGUCCCAGUACGGGCAGGCCAUUGCCGCUAUGGUCUGCGUCACGAUCAUGCACCUCUCCGAGGGGCACAAGGAGGGCGGUCAGCACAAGCAGAUUGCCAAGAGCGAGAUGAGCGAUUUCACGAAAUUCAUUUUCGGCGCCUCUCUGCUUAUCCUGUUUUUCGCUUGCGACAGUUUCACCUCGCAGUGGCAGACGAGCCUUUACGCAAAGCACAAGAACCUUACGAAGACGCAGAUGAUGGUGUGUGGAAAUCUGGUGGGCCUCAGCAUCACGCUGAUUUCCAUCACAGCCCAGUUCGGUAAAGUCCGCGAGUCCGUGGCCGUUGUGAUGGCAGACGGCGCCGUUCUUGGACGCCUGGUGCUAUUGGGCUUGAGCGCAGCGAUGGGACAGUUCUGCAUCUACACUGCCAUCAAGAUCUUGGGCCCCCUAGCAUUCAACUGGAUCAUGACAACGAGGCAGCUACUGUCGGUACUGAUUUCGCUGGUGCUAUUCGGGCACGGUGUUUCUGUGACCAAGUUCACAUGUAUCUUCGUCGUGUUUGCAAUCAUGAGUGCCAAGCACUUAGCGAAGGCUGGGACAGCGUUCAAGAAGCACGCCAAGUGCAAGGCCAGAUCCCAGUCCAAGGUGUCACGCCCCCACUCCGAGACGCCCCCCUGUCCAAGAAGUCCAUUGAUCACCGAUGGGACAAGCCAGGACAUCCGAGAGUGGCAGAAUGAGUACGGGAAUGCGCGUCAGGCGAGUCAGGCAGCCGCCACUGGGAAUAGCAUCAACAGUGGCCUUGACGCCACCAUCAAGAAGGAGGAAUAGGUGGCCAUCUUUUCCAGUGUGCGGCCGGCCACUCCGCCUCAGCGCUGCACGACAGAGGCUUGCUGCGUGCACCGUGCACGGGGUCUCGUCGUGCGUGAGCGCCCACACCCGCACAGAAAAGGCGACCAGCUUGUCGAUCGGGACAGGCGGAUCCCACUCCGUUUCCACACUUGGUCGUCCGUGGACCAGCCGCUCGGCUCUGGAGUCCUCACCACCGUCCCAUUGUCCACAGCCAUCGUUGUAGGGAGGUGGUGGCCCGUCUAGUGGAGCCCCCGUUUGCCUCCCUAGAGUAUGUUGUGUUUCCCUCUGGCGAUCACGGGCUUUCC